AAAUAAAAACGCACACACGCACAGCAACGCCGGGCCCUUUCACGCUCCGCAACGACAUCGUCGUCGUCGUCCUCAUCAUUUUACCUAUUUAUAAAGCCAAAAGGCUCGAUCCCAAAAGGUGUCAAACGCCAACAUCUAAAUCCCGCUGAUUUCAAAAGAUAAAUCAAACUUUCAAUUCCAUGCCUUUUCUAGCGACAAAACCACAUCUCUCUCUCUUCAAACCCUAACCCACCCAUUCACUCCAAAAUCAAAUCCCCGCCGUGUACAGAACCAAAUUCUACGCUCAACAAUGGCUUCAAUGGACGAAGCGCUCUCUCUCCUCACCGCAGCGAAUUCUCACGGCGAUUUGACCGUUAAGCUAUCUUCUCUUAAGCAAGCCAAAGAUGUUUUAUUGUCACUCGAGCCGUCGUUGGCGGCUGAGCUUUUUCCUUCCUUAGUCGAACUGCAGUACUCGCCGGAGGGAAUCGUCCGACAAAAGCUUGUGGAGGUAAUUGAAGAAAUUGGUUUGAAAGCAAUGGAGAAUUGCUCAAUACUAAUACCUGUCUUAUUGGGACUUUUAAGAGAUAACGAUUCUGUUGUUGCAAGGGAGUCUAUUGUUAGUGGCACACAUUUAUAUUGUGGUGUUCUAGAGGAAAUGGCAUUGCAGUGUCACCGGCGUGGUAAGGUUGAACGAUGGCUCGAAGGACUAUGGAUAUGGAUGCUUAAGUUCAAGGAUGCUGUCUUUGCAAUUGCAUUGGAGCCUGGACCUGUUGGGAUAAAGUUGCUGGCGUUGAAAUUUUUGGAAACAUACAUCUUGCUUUUUACUACCGAGACCACUGAUUCUGAUAGACUUGUUGCAGAAGGAAGCAGACGGUUAUUCAACAUUUCAUGGGUAGCCGGCGGGCAUCCUGUUUUGGAUCCAGUUUCUCUCAUGUCAGAUGCCAAUAAGACACUUGUCAUUCUUUUGGAUUUUUUAUGGUCGCCUGGUAGUCUUCCUGGUGCACUGAUGAUCGCUGUUGUCAAUUGUCUUGCAGCUGUAGCGCGGAAGAGGCCGCUUCAUUAUGAGACUAUUCUAUCUGCCUUGCUUGAUUUUGAUCCAAAAGUUGAGAAGGGAUGUCAUGCUGCUAGUAUCCAGUACUCUUUAAGAACUGCUUUUUUGGGAUUCCUGCGGUGUACUUAUCCAACCAUCUUGGAGUCAAGGGAUAAAUUGUUAAGGGCUUUACGUGCAAUGAAUGCUGGGGAUGCUGCUGAGCAAGCCAUCCGCCAAGUUGAUAAAAUGAUUAAAAAUAAUGAGCGCACUUCUCGUGAAGUCAGGUUUAGCAGGGAUGAUCAGCCGACAAGCCAACUGCCUGUCUCAGGAGAUCAGCUCCGGAAAAGAUCUGUGCCUAUGGAUAAUGAAGAGCAAGCUAAUGGUCAUGAAAUGGCUCAAAAGCGGAGUCGAUAUGGUCCUAACAUUCUGUCAACUACACCAAUCCAAAUCAAUGAAUCUGGACCGGAUUCUGUAUUUGAUAAUGGCAUCUCCGCUAAUGUUCAUCUAUCAGAUAGUGAUUUGACUCCUGCAGAACAAAUGAUUGCUAUGAUUGGUGCAUUGCUUGCUGAAGGAGAGAGGGGUGCUGAAUCACUUGAACUUCUUAUUUCAAAUAUUCAUCCUGAUCUGCUUGCUGAUAUUGUCAUUACUAAUAUGAAGCAUUUGCCUAAGUCCUCCCCUCCUUUAACAAGGCUUGGUAGCUUGCCAGUAACUCUGCAAAAUUGCUCUUCAAGUAGUCCAGCACAGGCAGUGGCACCAUCGGCUCCAGUUUCCUCUGCACAAGGACCCAUUCCAGUGGUUACUGCAGGCAAUUUAUCAUUGUCUGAUGCACCCAUUGUCAAUAAUUUCCCUGUAGAUUCGAAACGUGAUCCAAGAAGGGAUCCACGCCGCUUGGAUCCACGUCGUACUGCUACAUCAGUUGGAGUACCAUCUGUCGCCAUUGUGGAUGACCAUGGUGGAAUGCAACCUGAAAUGGACAGCUCUGUUUCUUUAAGCAAGGCUUCUCCUCUUCCUGUGGUGACAUCAGUUGAGAAUCCUCCGGAACCUUAUAUUUCAAACAGCAAAAUUGAGGACAAGAGUUUAGAAGGUCUACUGGUUUCUAAAACUGAUCAAGGAAGCAUGAGCGAGGAGGGUAUCUGUAGACCUGAGGAAAUUGUCCCCAUGUCAGAGGCCAAAGCUUCUUCAGAUCAAGCAUUUUCUCCUCCUCACACUUCUGAGGAGGGUGAUGUUGUAUUGAAGUUGUCAGAUUUUGAAGUGGCAUCUGGUGCUGACACGUUAUCUGUGAUGGAACCUGAGCAGCUUUCCCCAGAUGUCUCAAACAUAUCUGUGCCUGAAGAGAUCUGUCAAGUCGAUUUACCUCAGCUUCCCCCAUACGUUGAACUCACUGAAGAACAGCAGAAAACUGUGAGACAGUUAGCAGUUGAACGGAUUAUUGAAUCUUACAAGCAUCUCUCUGGGACUGAAUGCAGCCAGACACGCAUGGCAUUACUCGCCCGAUUAGUUGCUCAGAUUGAUGCAGAUGAUGAUGUUGUUGUGAUGCUGCAAAAACAUGUUUUAGUGGAUUAUCGACAACAUAAGGGGCAAGAACUUGUGUUGCAUUUUUUGUACCAUCUACACUCGCUAACGAUUUUAGAUUCUGUUGGAAGUGCUUCAUAUGCUGCUGUUCUAUAUGAGAAAUUCCUUUUGGUAGUGGCCAGAUCUUUGUUGGAUGCUUUUCCAGCUUCAGACAAGUCUUUUAGUAAACUUCUCGGUGAAGUUCCUUUCUUGCCUGAGUCUGCCUUCAAAUUGUUAGACGAUCUCUGCCACUGUGAUAUUUUUGAUUCACAUGGAAAAGAAGUUCGUGAUGGUGAGCGAGUAACUCAGGGGCUAGGUGCUGUAUGGGGUUUGAUUUUGGGGCGUCCAAACAACCGGCAGGCAUUCUUAGAUAUAGCUUUGAAGUGUGCUGUUCAUUUACAAGAUGACAUUCGAUCGAAAGCUAUCCGGCUGGUGGCAAACAAACUCUAUCAGCUAAACUAUAUAUCACAAAAUAUUGAGCAAUUUGCAACAAAUAUGCUGCUCUCUGUUGUGGAACAGCAUGCUUCAGAUAUCAAGCCUUCACAGUCAGUAUCCACUGAUCAAAGGGAAGGAGAGGUGGUAAGCCAGGAAGUGUCUGUAAGUGGUUCUCAAGUCUCAGGGACUGGAAAUUGUGAAAAUGACUCCAUGAAGGGUGCACAACCAUUAGUCCAAAGUGUUUCGACCAUGUCAUUUCCUGAAGUGCAAAGACAUAUUUCUUUAUUUUUUGCUUUAUGUACAAAGAACCCUGGUCUCCUUCAAAUUGUAUUUGAUAUCUAUGGACAAGCACCAAAAACUGUAAAACAGGCUGUUCAUCGCCAUAUUCCUGUUCUAAUAAGGGCCCUAGGCUCAUCUUAUUCUGAGCUGCUUCGAAUAAUAUCUGAUCCACCAGAAGGAUGUGAAAAUCUUUUGAUGCUGGUGCUGCAAAUAUUGACUCAAGAAACAACACCUUCUGCUAAUCUGAUAACCACGGUCAAACAUUUAUAUGAAACUAAGUUAGAGGAUGCCACGAUUCUUAUUCCAAUUUUAUCUUCACUUUCGAAGAAUGAGGUUUUGCCCAUUUUCCCUCGGCUUGUUGGACUUCCUAUAGAAAAAUUCCAGAUGGCACUUGCUCAUAUUUUACAGGGUUCAGCUCAUACAGGUCCAGCUUUAACGCCAGCAGAAGUGUUGGUUGCCAUCCAUGAUAUUAAUCCUAAUAAAGAUGGGCUUCCACUCAAAAAGAUAACAGAUGCCUGUUCAGCUUGUUUUGAGCAACGGACAGUUUUCACACAGCAGGUCCUGGCCAAGGCACUUAAUCAGAUGGUCGAUCAAACUCCUCUUCCUCUACUCUUCAUGAGAACAGUUAUUCAGGCAAUUGAUGCUUUUCCUUCAUUGGUUGAUUUUGUUAUGGAAAUACUCUCCAAACUCGUGAGCAGACAGGUGUGGAAAAUGCCAAAGUUGUGGGUUGGCUUCUUGAAAUGUGUCUCUCAAACAAGGCCACAUUCUUUUCAGGUUUUGUUGCAGCUACCUCCCCCGCAGCUUGAAAGUGCUCUGAACAAGCAUGCUAACCUCAGAGGCCCCUUGGCUACUUAUGCCAACCAACCAAGUACAAAAACUUCUCUACCUAGAUCAACGCUUGCAAUUCUUGGUCUUGUAAAUGAACGGCACAUGCAGCAGCUACCAAUUUCAUCUUUGCACCCUUCAAGCACAAGUUCUUCAGCUCAUGGAGCAAACACCGCGUGAUAAUUAGCUUGUCAGGAUUCAAGAUUGACCAAGUGCACGGCAGAGCAUCAUGGGACCAAUCUGGAUGAUGGUGUCCCAUCCAGUAGGUCAACUUGCUAGGAAGGGAGAUACAAAUUGGCUGGCUAAUAAAGUGACUGCUGAGUUCAGAUGCUUCUGGCAAACUUGAAUAUGAAGAUUUAAGAGAAGUCAGCCUGGUGAUGUGGAAUGGUGUUGUUGGCUAGGAAUUGCCUUCAAAGAAACACCUCCCGCCCCUUUCCCUGCCAUCCCCUCCCCCUUGUGCCAUAAUUGUAACCCCGUUUUUAAGGAAAAAAAAUUCUGCAAUUUAUUCUUUGAAAAUUUUGUUCUUCAAUCCCUCUGUAAUCCAGAUAAUGUUUAGUAAACAUGUGUAAUGUUAGUCUGUAUCCAUGCUAAAAAGUUGGGGGGCUAUGAUUUCA